GGUUUCAUUGAAAUCUUUUGUUUUCUAAUCGUAGAACUGUUGGAAUUAAUUUAAAUAAGGAUAUAAUAUUGAAACACGAGUAGAGAGAACGGUGCACCUUGACGUCCAAACGACUUUCCAUUGUUUUGUUGUACAUACCAAAAUAAUGAACGGAGGCCCUUGCCCUUCCCGUCCAAUCUCAAUUUGUGAGACUAUUCUGAAGAACUCGAGACCCAGAUGAGCUGAAUCAUUUUGUUACUCUUAUUGCAGUCAAGUGUCAACCUUUUUAGAACCUAAAUUUGGGCAUAUCUUCGUGUUUGUCCAAACAGAAGUGCUUGACAUACAGUGAAGUGCAAGUAGGUUAAGUUUCAACCAUGUCUGCUCAAAAGGAUCGUCAUUCCUAUGAAAGAGAAAGUAGCAGUGAUACAGAGGAUGAGACUGAUGACAGGCGAAGACGGGUUUACAAAUCUCGCCUAAGCUAUGGAUCGUCAUCUAAACCAAAACCUUGCCUUGUCCAGAGGCCAUCAUCUGCGUGUGGCAGUGAAAAUCGACACAGUCAUGUGUCAUUGACCAAGCAACAAAUAAGCUCUACACCACGGAACCGGUCCAGAUCUCAGCACCUUGGACCGGCAAAGAACCAAAUGAAUCAAGGACAUUCACCAUGCAGAGCUGGAGACUCCCUGUCAGGCUCUACUUCUACUAGAAAUUCUACAACUACAUCUGGUCAAAGUGAAGAGCGCAUUACUCUUGUAGUAGACAACACACGCUUUAUUCUUGAUCCAGCCCUUUUUACUGCUCACCCAAACACUAUGCUCGGAAGAAUGUUCAGUUCAGAAAUGGAAAUGGCACAUGCCAAUGAUAGAGGAGAAUAUGAAGUUGCUGAUGGCAUUUCAGCUUCCAUUUUCCGUGCGAUACUGGAAUAUUAUAAGGGAGGUGUGAUUCGUUGUCCCCCAACAGUAUCUGUGCAAGAACUAAGGGAAGCGUGUGACUACCUGCUAGUGCCAUUUGAUUCAAGUACUGUUAAGUGUCAAAACCUUCGCGGAUUGAUGCACGAGUUGUCUAAUGAGGGAGCCCGUUGCCAAUUCAAAGUGUUCUUAGAGGAACUUAUUUUGCCCCUCAUGGUCCAUUCUGCUCAAAGAGGAGAUCGAGAAUGCCAUGUUGUUGUGUUGCUAGAUGAUGACCUUGUUGACUGGGAUGAAGAGUUCCCUCCUCAAAUGGGUGAUGAAUAUAGUCAAACUGUUAAUAGCACUGCCAUGUACCGCUUCUUCAAGUACAUUGAAAAUAGAGAUGUUGCUAAGGCAGUUAUGAAAGAAAGAGGUCUGAAAAAAAUACGCUUAGGUAUUGAGGGGUAUCCCACGUACAAGGAAAAAGUUAAGAAGAGAGCUGGUGGGCGGUCUGAGGUUAUUUACAAUUAUGUUCAGCGACCUUUCAUCCACAUGUCUUGGGAGAAGGAGGAAGCAAAGAGUAGACAUGUUGAUUUUCAGUGUGUGAAGUCAAAGUCAGUCACCAAUUUGGCUGAAGCUACGGCAGAUCCUAUUCUUGAGUUAGACUCGGUUGGAAAUUUUGUAAUUGUUGCACCUAUUGAAGGAGCCGAGUCAGCCCAAGCUCAGUCAGGGCAGCAUCAGAAUAUUUUUCAGCAUCCUGGGCCGCCUGCAAAUUUGCAGCAACUUUUACAACUUCAUCAGAACCAAGCGCUGCAACAACAGUUAAUCCAGCAGCAACAACAGCAGCUGCAGCAACAGCAACAGCAGCUACAGUUACAGCAGCCCCAACAGCAGCCACAAAUGCCACCUCAACUGCAGCCGCAACUACAGCCACAACUGCAGCCGCCGCCGCAAAUGCAGCCCCAACUGCAGCCCCAACUGCAGCCACAACAGCAACCGCCCCAACAGCAACCGCCCCAACAGCAACCGCCCCAACAGCAACCGCCCCAACAGCAAUCACCACAACAGCAACCACCACCGCAGCUACAUCAGCAACUCCCACAGCAUCCACUUGUUCAACCUCAACCUAUCAUCCCACAACCACAGCUGCAGCUAAUACCUCUCAUCCAGCCUCAGCCUGUUCAUGUCCCUCAACCAAUUAUACCGCCACAAGAGGAAGAAGAACAACCUGCUGAUCAAGCUGCAAGAGCUGUUUCUGAUAUCUCACUGGCUUAAAGAAAAGAAAGUAUUCUAUUGUUCUGAAAAAUCUAUUACAUUAAGUAAAUCAACCAUGUGAAGCUCAACCUCUUAGUAGAUCUCUAAGUGGAAACAAGUUCUGGUUAACUUGACUGAUUCUUUGGGCAAGACUUGCAGUUGUAGGCUUCUGCCUCCAAUACAAAGUUUUUAAUGAUUGUGAAUUUUCAAUGCCUUUGAUAAAAUUCCUCUGAUAAACUUUGCACUUUUUUUGGUGAAAUGUUGGAAGUGAGAAAAUAUGACACAUUUGAUUGAAGAGAGAGGAUGAUUGUAGACUGAUUUUUUUUCCAGAAAAGAAAGGAAAAUAGGAGAUGACCUUAGGUUAAACGCCAUAUCAUAAUUAUGUUGAAAAAUUGUAUGGCUAUUCCCUCCUAAUUUUAUAAUCAGUUAAAAAGGUGUUCCUUCAUUAGGCAAGAGCUGAAGGAACUUGUGCUGACUCACAAGACUUUUUUUUAAGAGUAUUCUGUAUUCAUGACAGUCACUUAACCUGAGCUUCAGCAAUUUUGCAAUUUGAAGCAUUUGCUGUUAUUCCCUCCCCCUUCCCCCCCACCCCCCCAAUUAAACCCCCUUUAUCACUAUUAUUGUAAUAAUAUUAUCCAUUCUAUUAUUGCUUUUUAAGAUAAUAUUAUAUUACUCGUAACAAAGUACACAGAGUUUUUGCUCUGUUUAUCUGGUUGUGGCCGAUAGAAGACCUUCUCUGGUGAUAAUUUUUUUUUAAAUGAUAAUUUUUGUUUGUAAAUUUGUUAGUCACAUUCAGGUUUUUCGAAAAGACUCAGUACCAAUCUCCAUUUCACUAUGAUAUUUAAUCAAUUUGAUUGUUCUUUUACAAUUUCUGAAAGGCUUAUUUUUUGAACUUUAUGAUCUCAGUAGAAAAUUUUAGGUUUUCCUUCUGCUGCGAAAUAUAUGGAGAAUCCUUUAGAAAGCAGUACUGCUACCAUGGUAAGUAUUCAGCAGGUCUUCUUUGAGUCUUCUGUAAAAACUGUAAACUAUAUUUCCCCAGAGCUUGUAUUAGUUUUAGAGGUUGCUGCCAAGGAGAAAAUGUAAGGCAUUGACUGCAAUAUUUUAUUUUACAGUAUCUUCUUUUUAUCUGUACAAUUUAUGAUGAAACUUGAAGGCUUUGUUCUGGCAGUUAUACAUCACACUAUUCUGUGUUUAUGAGAUUGUAGCUUGAAUAAAUUACACCAAAUAUAUGUCUACCUUUUUAAACUGAAGGUUUAUGUUUGUUUUCUGGAUGUUUUAAUGUCUUUGAAAUAAUUUUAAUGAAUCAUAAUGAAUCACUGCUCUACACAUAUCUGGUGUAGCUUCAAGUCAAUGUGCUGUUAUGUUUAGUGAAGAGGAAAUGUUUUGAUUUGCACGGCCAUUGACAAGCUCCUAGUUAUUGUUUAAACCACACGCAUAGUAUGUCUGUACUUGAGUUGAAUAGCAUCAGCCCAAUACUGUACUCUACAAAUCACAAUAGUGGUUGUAUUUGUUGGUGAUAGAUUGAAUGUUGUUGUUUCGGAGAGAAACUCCUUGUCUAACCUUCACUGCCCUCAUAUGUUCUGACUGCUUCGCAGUCAGUUUUGAUGAGUUUGUGAUACAAAUUUAAUGGGUCUCUGCUGUUUGAUUUCAUCUUUGUCCCUUUCUUCUCCAUUGAAGACUGCCCAUUUCCCUGUCAUUUCGACAGUAAAUAGUGAUCUUUUGUCUCUUUCUGUUACUACUACUGUGGCCUCAGCAACCAUUUGUAUUUUUUACUUUUAUUCCGUACGUCAUUUUUGUUUUGUUCUAGAUAGCGAUGUUAUCUACACACAAUUCUCAUACAUUUCUUAGCUCUAUUUUGAAACAAAGAAGAAGCAUUUUUGAAUAAAGAAGUCACAACUGCUCAAUGUUACACCUGAAGGCUUUUGGAAGGUAAUUUUGUUAGUUUGAAUACCAGUAGACAUCACACUCAUUGUGAAGCAGUUAAUAAAUUUUUUGAAGUUUAUAUUGCACUGCCUGUAACAUAAUUAUUACUGUUACACUGCCUUGCAUUCCUCCAACCACUGAAACUGUGUCAAUUCCUUUUCGUGAUCAAUGAUUUGACAUUCACACCUUGGUCUCUGUAAAUAACAGGAUGCUCCAACAAGUCUCUUUUCAGAAGGUUGCAAUUGCAAUCAAAGUUGUUUAUUCAUUGAAAGUCAUAAUUCUGCUAACAAUUUGUAACUCUCCAUCCCAUCGAAAACAAGGUAUCAUGUUUUCCUUUUUAGUACGUUUUCCAAAUAACAAGAGAUUUAAAAUGUUAUUAGCUUGUGUUUUGUUUUUUUACAUGCUUUAAAUUUUAUUGAUUUGUAGAAGUGUCUACUGACUGCCCCUGCAUAAGGUUUUGACUUUUGCUGUUCUUGAGAGUGUUUUUUUUACAUAAUUAAUAUGUUUUGUCCUGUUUACUUCCAUCUUUGCAUGUUGAUAUCUAGGCAUGAAAAUCUUAUUUCUUCUGCAUAUUACCUUGAUGUAAGGCAUGAGAAUUUCAUCUUGAUUGUAAAUGAUGUGUCAUCAUUAGUCUAAAGUAGUUUUGUAUGUGACCUUCAAGGCCAUUCAUCUACAUGGUCGUUAUUUUGUUUUGUUACAAUCUAAGAAUUUUUUUCAUAAUUAUAAUGGAGAGCUUUCUUGUUAUUGUUUGUUGAAACACAAAUGGUUUAGGCAGUAAUCAUUUGUUGCAUCAGUCUCUUGAGACUGCAGGAGUACAUAUUUGCAUGUCUUAGCAGGAUUCUUCUGCAUGAGGAGUACUGCUUGAGUCUUUGUGAGUCUUUGUGAGCCUAUUUUAUCUUCAGUAGUUUUUCUAAAUAAAUGUAACCUGAGAAAAAUCAGAAGAAAGGAAACCUAAUUGUGCAAAAUUGUUUGUAGAAAUGAGCUGUUAAAACUAGUCAUGUAAUUUUUUUUUCAUUUUGUUUUUGUUAGGUACAGACUGGAAAUUCUUUGAUUACUGCCAAAACCAAGUAGUGGUGCUGUAAAAUAAAUAUGUUCAAUGAUCUUUUAA